AUGCCCAUACCCGAACUUCCUCUCCCUCCCGAACGGACCUGUACCACGCGACACACCAGCCAACCUUCGUACACACCCACAAUGUCUACAUCAGGCUACCUCGCCACCCUCCAGGAAGACGGCUUCGUCGUAAUCCCCUCCCUCCUGUCCGACCCUGAAAUCUCCUCCCUCCGCGAAACAGCCACAGCCGCCACGAAGCUCGCCCGCACCGGCACCUGGCCACACUUCCGCACCGUCCCCAAACAAUUCCCGCCAUGGCCCUCGACACCGCCGCCGGCGUCCGAGGGCGGGAUCUGGGGCGUGCAGCACCUCCUGCAUCCGGAUAUGCCGGGGCGCACGGAGUUUGCGAGGUUCUACUUUUCUGAGAAGGUUUUGGGAGUUGCGGGGGAGUUGAUGGGGCUUGAAAGGCCAUCUGCAGGUGAUGGGGCUGGAAAGGAGGACGGCGAGGAGAGACUCGUAAUGGAACUCUUCAACCUCCUCGUCGCGCCGGAAGUCCGCGACUUCGAACUCCGCUGGCAUCGUGAUGAUAUACCCUGGGAUGCCUCGCCGGAGGAAGAAGAGCGGCUACUUGCAGCCAAGAGUCCCGGUGGUCGUCAGUCGCAUGCGCAGUAUAAUCUCGCGCUAUGCGAGGACCGGUCACUGAUUGUGAUCCCCGGUUCGCACCGGCGCGUGCGCACGGAGACGGAGCGGAAUGCGGCGCCGUAUGAGAGCCACUUGCCGGGGCAGUUGGUGGUGGAGCUCAAGCCGGGGGAUGCGGUGUUUUAUGAUAGUAAUAUCUUGCAUCGCGGGGUUUAUCGGGCGAAGGAGGAGGAUGGGGAGGAGACGAGGUUGACGCUGCAUGGGAGUAUUGGGCUUAAGGAGGGGAGUGGGGCGUCUGACGGGGAUAGUAGUAGUAAGAAGGUGAGGGCGACGGCGGUGUUGCAGCAUGGGGUUGGGGCGUGGGUGCAUCGGGAGGAUGCGGCGUUUGGGAUUGGGGAGCGGGCUGAGCGGAUGAGGGCAAAUUUGGUGGCGAUGGGGACAGGAGAGGGUGUGGGGUUCUCGUUGAAGGGGUGA